CAGUGAUAUGUUACUUGUCGAAUAUUGUGAAAGCGAUAAAAUAUAGAUAGCAUAUUUUUGGGGUACGAUUAAAAAACAAGGACAUAUAUUUAUGUGGUAUGCAGUUAAUAGAAAUUAAAAUAACAAUAAACAUAUCUUAGACAUUUCUGAGAAGUUUCCAAUUUGAUCUAUACUUAGAUUCACGCUUUUAUCACCUCUUGUGUGAUUGAUGAGUAGAAUAGAUUUGUCUUAAAUCAUUUUUGUUGGAGUUAUGUCCUGAGUACAUAUAGAUUUUUGUGUUGAUAUAGUAAUAAAAAGAAAAGGAAAUAAAAAUUAAAUUUUUUUUUCUUAUUGAUUUGAAUUAUUACUAGUUUUUUUUUAAUAAAUAAGAAGUCAUUUGAUCAUAUUUUUUUUUUUGUUUUAUAAUAUUUUCUUUUCAAUUUAUAUAAAAACAAUUGUUUAUUUUUACUGAUUGCUUUAAAGUAAAAUAAAGUAUGAUUUUUUAGAAAUAUAAAUUAAUGCAGUAUGUUGUAAUGAAAUCGUGAAUAUAUAAUAUAUUUCAUCUAGUGAAAUUGAUUUCUUUUUGCGAAGGUUUUUUUUUUGUAUACCACAAAUUACAAGUCAAGUUCCGUGUAUUUUUUUAAAUUACGACUUGUAUUAGUCUUUUUUGAAGAAUUUAUUUCCAAAGUCCAUUUAUAUAGAUAGGUCAAUACGCGUUGAUACACCAUUUAGCGGGAACAAUAAUUAGUAACGUGAUUUGUUUGCUACGUGAAAUAAAACAUAAUUUUUAGUGAAUGGGUGACGUGAAUUAAGGAAGUGUCAAUCAAAAAAAAGUUUACAUCAGUUUUCUAUUUUAUUUAAAAGCCGAGUAUUGUUCUUUCCUUAUUGUUUUAAGCUUAUUCAACUUAAAUUACUUGACAAUUCUUACUUAUUGUUUCAACUAGGUGUACUCAAUUUUUGUCUUUUGGUUUCCUAGAGCUCGUUACUUACUCCAGUAAUUUAUUGAAAUUAUAAGCGUUGUUUCCGUAUCAAUUUUUACAGUCUUUUUUUUUGUUUCAAACUUUUUAUUGUGAAAUCGCUAUUUUUGUUAAGACUCUCUUUUCAUCAUUAAAAACUCAUAAUGAGCAAUACUUUUGAUGCUUCGUUAACGCCUCCUAAAUUUUUAUUUAGUGUUCUACAUAAUGAAUUUCAAGACAACUUAACACCAAUAAAGAAAAAAUUAAGCAGCUUCACAUCAAAUAUAACAUGCAAGAAAACGCAAGGAGAAGAUUAUUCAAUGACAUGGUUUUCAACCGCCGAUACCACACUUAAAAGCUCUUCGGACUGGUCUACAAGUGAUGUGCAAAAGCAUCCUCUUGAUCUAAUAUCAUCUCAAUCAACGCAUCAUCAUGAAAUAUUGGAUGAUUCUAGCGAUAAGCAUUUCACAUCUUCUACGCAAAAUUUAUUUAAAACUUCGCAUCAAAGGGAAUCAGAUAAAUCUUUUUCCUUGGUAACAGAAAAAUGUGUUGAUGAAUUAAAUUUUCAUAAUUCGUACACAUAUGGGGUCCAAAAUCAAUUACUUAAAUCUUAUUCCACUCAACUUUUACCAGAUACAUCACAUCUUUUACGUCUUCGACUUGAUUUAUUAUGUAACAAUAAAGAUUCUAAUAUAGCUUAUUUAACGGACUCAGAUACAACGCAAAAAUGUGAUACAGAUUCCAUUAGUUCUAUAAGCCGACUUUCACAUAUAUUGGGUAACUUGCCGAGUCCUACUACGCGAAAUGUAUUGGAUUCAACUCAUACGUCAUGUUUAAACUAUCAACAAAGAAGUGAUACCGAUUUAUCAAAUUUUUGUCGUCCUUUUCCAUAUUUCCCAGAGCCCUACCAACUCAUCAAUACCAAAAAUAAAAAAAUUCGACAUAAAACUGCUCCAUCUCCAUUGAAUCCAUUCAUUAUAUCGCAGAAAAGCACUCUUGAUUCAAAAUUGAAUACAUUCGAUGAUCAAUACAUUCAUCCACUUUUUCAAGACAUGUUUCCUGACACUGUUCUUUCUGAUACUGUAGCAAAGAAAAAAUCAACCACUCCAUCCAAUGCCUUAGUAUACAAUCCACCAGAAAGCAUGGCUACUUUGUCUUCAAUGAAACCUUUAGACAAACCUUUAACGUCGGAGGAUACUCUUUCUUUGGAUUCCUUUAAGGUAUAUCCCUGUCAAGAUGCCAAUUGUUUAGAACGCAAAGCAAUCGGUCCCUUCUACGAAAACAAAGUUUGUCAAUAUUAUCACUCUCAACGAGAUAGAAGACGUCACCCAGUUCUUUGUCAAUACAAAGCAGAGCCUUGUGAUCAUCAUUUCAACGUAGAAAACGACGAACCAUUACUUUGUCCACUACGCGACCAGUGCGAUCGUUGUCAUAAUCAUCAUGAACUUUUGUAUCAUCCGAGUAUUUAUAAACAACGGUUCUGCUCAUCUUAUAAUCAGCUAGAGUGUUACAGAGGAAAAAUGUGCGCUUUCGCACAUACACGAGAAGAUAUACGCUGUGAACUAUUUAGCCUCGAAGAUGAAAAAGAUCCCAAGCCGGAAUUCUUCAUGAACUUAUUUAAAACAAUCUGGUGUCCUUACGGAGUGCAACACGAUUGGCAUGCAUGUUUAUAUGCUCAUACCUAUCAAGACUGUAGAAGAAAUCCAAAGAUCGGAUACACAUCUGAACCGUGUCCUUAUUGGAAAAAAGAUCUUCAUUCAGCCGAUUAUGACCGACGGUGUCCUGCAGGUUCACGUUGCCCUUACGCUCACGGCUCCAAGGAACAAUUGUAUCAUGCAUCUUGUUAUAAGCUGAUGCCUUGUACAGAUUAUCGUUCUGAAAAAAAAUGUCCCAGAGGAACUAUGUGCGCUUUUUACCACGAACUCAGUGAAAAACGUUUCGCCACGCCUGUUAUGACAAAUAAUAAUGUUUUACCAGUAACUUCAAUGUGCUAUUUGCAAAAAAAAUUUUCAAAACCCCCACUCUUCAAUACAGAAGCCUUUUAAAAAUGUGUUUACGACCAUCUAGAUAUCAAGAAAAUCAACAAGUAACAAUGGUUUGACAAUGAAGAAUAUGAAAAACUGUUAUUUGUUUUGUUUACUUUUAAUAAGGAGAAAAAACACGAAAUUUUUGGUGAAAUUUAUACAAUGUUUUCAAGAAUCAUAUUGGUCAA